UCGCCGUAGUUGACCCGGAAGUGAUUUUCUGAGACGACUUCACCUUCUCGAAUAUGAGGACAGUAUCUGCCUUUACAUGAGUCUAAACAUUCCUAUAAGCAUCGUCCCGUCUGCAGCUCCACCAUGAACCCAAACUCCUGUGCGUCCCUGCUCCACUUCUCCUGCAGGGGGGUCAGACUUUGUGCAUCCCGGGCCUUGAACCCAACGCCCUCGGCUUCCACUCGUCUCCCACGCUUGUCCCCGUGGACGCGCUCCUCGUCCAGCGGCGUCAAGGUUCGCUCGUACCUUCAGUACGUGAAACGGAAAAUUGCGCCCCCUCCCGGUCCUCCCUACAGCCACGUGUGCCAGGUCGGAGACCCCGUGCUGCGUUCACAAGCAGCCGCCGUGGACCCGGCGGCCGUGACGGGACCCGAGGUCCAGCAGGUGAUCAGCACCAUGGUGAAGGUGAUGAGGAAGCAGGAGUGCGUGGGUUUGAGCGCGCCUCAGAUCGGGGUCCCACUCCGCAUCAUGGCCCUGGAGUAUCCGCAGAGGAUGUUGGACGAGAUCUGUCCGGCGACGAGGGCGGUCCAACAGAUGUCCGUCCUGCCGCUUCGGAUCUUCGUCAACCCCGAGCUGAGGGUCCUGGACAGUCGGACGGUUCAGUUUCAGGAGGCCUGUGAAAGCAUCUGUGGCUUCUCUGCCACUGUCCCACGCCUCCUGUCCGUGGAAGUGUCGGGUCUGAAUGAAAAGGGUGAGGCGGUGGCGUGGCAGGCCAGCGGCUGGCCGGCUCGCAUCGUCCAGCACGAGAUGGACCAUCUGAACGGAGUCCUCUACAUCGACCGCAUGGACAGCAAGACCUUCAUCAACAUCAACUGGGAGGAGCACAACGAAUAGAGCAGAGACGACAACGUGAACUGAAAACCAAAACCUGAUCCUCUCAAAGCCGAUGUCAGACUGCAGAUCUAUGUUGAAUGGAUGUAAUUUAUGAUGACACUUUAAAACCUCUUAACCCCUGAGACCCCAAAAAAUAAACUAAACACCCAAAAUAAAUCAGGUUCCAUCUCCAGAACCAUCAGGUCCAUGAUCCUGAUCCUGGUCUCUACGGACCCUGGUCAGACUUUAGUAACAUUGUGUCUGAUUAAUUAAUGAUGAACUAAAAUAUCAUUCUGGACUCAUCCAUCAGCCCCUGGACCAGACCUGGACCCAGAGUUCCUAUAAACACCACAGAGCUCACAUGUUCUCCAAAGGUUCUAGUGAAACAGAACCAGGUCCACUCUCCAUCUGGACAUUAGGAUCAAACCAAAGAAC